UGCAGCCUAGUUGUGUGCUUCUCUUUCUUUACAUUUUAACAGCAAGUCGCGGCUGCCUCCCCCAUCACUUUGCAAAAUCACGUUCAGGGUUUUUUUUUUUGGCGAGCCGCCCUUCCCCGACUCACUGAAUGCAGAGCGGCGGCUCGGGUGAAUUGUUCCUGACACGGCCCCAAGACCAGGACAGUCUGAAGUUUCUGCACUUCCUACACUUGCUGCUGUUCCUUCCUUCCGCUCGAUCUAAGGAAGCAGAAAUUUGGCAUUUAAAGGUAAAAUAUCUCUGUGGUUUCCGCGACGAAUUACAAUUCACUCUUUUCGCUACCUUCGCCCUCUAGGACCUGGGUUUGAUUUCAGCAUAAAUGGAAGGAAAGACUGAAGUGAUCAACUGCACAAAUCUUCGCUGAAAAGAGAGAGCGUGAGUUUGCAGUGGAUAUCCAUGCAUCAGAACUUUCAAAACCAAUUAAUGGAGUCGCCUUCCUUGUGAAUAAAUCCAACCAACUCCAAAGGGAAUCUCAGUACUGCUAUUAUCCUGUCACGUUUAGCCAGCAAUUAUGAGACUAUUUUUUAGGAAACGUUUUGGUCCAGUGAAACUUGCUCUGGUCAGUGUAAUAUUUAUGAUAUUUGUAUUCAUACUCCAAAGAGAUGUUGUCAAGCAGAGCCCAGAGGAUGAAUCUUGGUUUAAUGACUUGUCAGGCAGGAAAGAUAGAAUGCUGGGCAUUAUGUUUGGAGCGGUGAAUAAUAUCCGGGACUCGAUGCCUAAGUUUCAGAUCAUUGCUCCGGAUCGAGGCCAAGAGGUUGAUGACACCAAGAAUUGUUUGCCAGGAUUCUACACUGCAGCGGAACUGAAGACCUUUCUUCCCCGGCCUCCUGAAGAUCCCAAUGCCCCUGGUGUUGAUGCAAAGGCUUUUCAUACGGACAAUCUCUCCCCCGAACAGCAGAAGGAGAAAGAUCGUGGUUUUGAGAAACAUUGCUUCAAUGCCUAUGCCAGUGACCGCAUCUCUUUGCACAGGAGCCUUGGACCAGACACACGACCUCCAGAGUGUAUUGAACAAAGAUUCAAGCGUUGCCCUCCUCUACCUACAACCAGUGUGAUUAUCGUGUUCCACAAUGAGGCCUGGUCCACCUUGCUGAGAACUGUGUACAGUGUGAUGCAUACAUCCCCAGCCAUACUGCUAAAAGAAAUUCUAUUAGUGGAUGAUGCCAGCACAGAUGAUGCUUUAAAAGAACAACUGGAUGAGUAUGUAAAGCAGUUCCGGAUAGUGAAAGUCAUCCGACAGGUGGAAAGGAAAGGGUUAAUAACUGCAAGGCUCUUGGGUGCCAGUGAGGCCACAGGGGAAGUGCUGACUUUUCUUGAUGCUCACUGUGAGUGCUUUAGUGGAUGGUUGGAACCUUUGCUGGGAAGAAUAGCUGAAAACUACACUGCUGUGGUCAGCCCCGACAUCACUACCAUUGAUCUCAAUACUUUUGAGGUAUCCAAACCAGUCCAGUAUGAAAGACAUCACAACCGGGGCAACUUUGACUGGAGUCUGUCAUUUGGCUGGGAGGCUCUUCCAUCUCAUGAAAUAAAGAGAAGAAAAGAUGAAACAUAUCCUAUCAAGACUCCCACGUUUGCUGGUGGCCUCUUUGCGAUCUCCAAAGCUUACUUUGAACUGAUUGGAACAUACGACAACCAGAUGGAGAUAUGGGGAGGAGAGAAUGUGGAAAUGUCAUUCAGGGUCUGGCAAUGCGGUGGGCAGUUGGAGAUCAUUCCCUGUUCAGUGGUGGGCCAUGUGUUCCGUACCAAGAGCCCGCACAGCUUCCCAAAAGGUGUGCAGGUAAUUGCCCGCAACCAGGUGCGUCUGGCUGAGGUCUGGAUGGAUCACUACAAGGAGCUGUUUUACAGGAGGAACCAGCAGGCAGAAACAAUGGCCCGUGAGAAAAGUUUUGGCGAUCUUUCAGAAAGGUUUCAGUUGAAAGAGCGAUUAAAGUGCAAGAACUUUACCUGGUAUCUGCAGAACAUUUAUCCUGAAAUCUUUAUACCAGAUUUCUCUCCAAUACGUUAUGGAGCGAUUAAAAACAAGGGAACUGGAAGCUGCUUAGAUGCUGGGGAAAACAAUCAUGGUGGAAAACCUCUGAUAAUGUACCCAUGUCAUGGAAUGGGAGGCAAUCAGUAUUUUGAAUACACCACGCAGUCUGAAAUACGCCACAACAUUGGCAGGCAGUUGUGCCUUCGAGCCAUGUAUGGUCAAGUUCUAUUGCAGCAAUGUAAAUACACGGGGAAAGAUACCAAAGUGCCAGGAGAUGAACACUGGGAAUUUUUAAUUGACCUGAUAAAAAAUUCUGCCAGUAAUCAGUGCUUGACUGCGUCAGGAAAGAAUCCAUCCAUGGUUCCGUGCAACUCUGCAGACCUGCACCAGCAGUGGGCUUUCACCUAGUGUUGUCAAGAAGGACGUUGCCGCCUGGUGAACUAUCCGAGUCAUUCUGAGUGGGGAAAACGCACACUUUAAAACAUAAAAGCCGGCCUUGCUGUUAAAUCUUUUUGUGACUCUGAAUUUUAGCCUGGGUAUAGAGCAAAUCAGAUUUAUUGAUUUCAUUCCUGUUUUGUUCAGAAAAGAAAUCUCUUAAUUGGAUUGAAAAGAAUCUCUGCUACCAACACUUCAAAAAUGAAUGACUCCUACCAACGCUUCAAAAAUGUUCAAUUAAGUUUUCUCUGGCAUUGCAGGAGCGAUUCCUUUCUAAAAAUCCUGUAUCUUUGGCAUUGAAAGCAAGUGAUGUGGAACAUUUAUAAGGUAAAAUGUCCAUUUAGUUGGCAUUUAACGUAAAUUGGAUUCUGGAUAUCCACCACCUUUGUGUUGAAUCCAAAGCAGAGCAGGGUUGAAGCUGGUGCCAUUUGAUAGAUGCGCCUGGAGACUAUUCUGCAUUGAUGCUUGGAUCUAUUCCUGAUUCAAAUGUGGCUGAAGAUUCCUGCUGAAGUUUGAAAUUCCUCAAAUCUUGAAGUAGGGAAAAGAAAACACUUAAUUCGGAUGAGAAGUUAAACGGAGGUUCUCUCUACCCUCCCAGAUAGAUGUACAAAGUCCCAUUGUUUGGUCAUGUAUUUCAUUGUUGUUUGUGGGAGCUUGUUAUGUCAAAAUUGGCUGCAAAAUCUAUUUGCAUAACUGCACUUACCGCCUGUGGAAUGCUGUAUGCACUGAAGUGAAAGGUGCUAGAUAAAUGGAUAAAUGAGUAAGGGAUAUGUGUCACUUCAGAAGGGCUUAUUGUGGGCUGAGGGACAGUACUGCUAUAGGGUUUUGGAGGACGGAGGGAACUUUGAAUUGCCUUUAUACAAAUGACAUUUCUUUUUGAUGCGUUUUCCUAUUGGCACCACUUGUGAAUUUGCUGAAAGGUAACAGCAUCAAACUGUUAAAUGUAACUAUGAAACAUCGCUGCCUUCGGUGUUCCACCCAGCUUUUGUGCAUGGAUGGACUCCGACCAACAGUGUUCCUGGUUUCAAAUGUGCUCAAGAUCACUAAAGCCUUGAAAUGUGGAAGCUGCAGAUGAAUUGAAAAUGAAUUCCCUGUCAUUUGUACCAUACAUGGUUUACAGUAGCAGCUGCACAUUCACCUCUGCUUCUGAAAUUCAGUUCCAGUGGACCCAAUACAAGGUGUUUAGCGCUACCAGACAGGGACAAAUUUAUUUGCAGUUACGUCAUAUUCCAAAGGCAACUUGCAACUAAUUUUCUUAAUUUUGGUCAGCAACGGGGAAAAUUUGUAACAAAUGUUUAUUCAAGGUCAAGAUAAACUAAUACAACUGCGCAUUUCUCUCAUUAAAAUGUUGCUGCGUGUCUUGCCUUAUUUACCCCCAUAACUUCCCAACCAGGUAUAGUUGCAAGUUAAUGCUCAAUUUCCAUUGGAUUAACUGGUUCCUAUAUGAGAAAGCAGUAGGAACUGUACAGUUAAGUUAAAUGCUUCAUAUAUUGGCACUCGUGAAAAAGCUUUCAAAAAUUGGCUUUAAGAUGUGCAAGAAUAAUGACCACUUGGGUAAGAUGGCAGAGUGUAACUCCUUCCUCAGAACCUGUACCUAUGGAAUGACAGGGGAGGACAUUUUCAACAUAAAAUCCAAUGGAACAUAGAGCAUAGAGUUCACUGUGGUAGUUUUGAUUUGUACUUGAGGUCAGUUGUCAUUUAAUAAUGAAUGUAAUCAAUUGUGAGACUGUUUUAAUAAAUCAUGGUGUGUGCGUUAGGAGUAAUGUCAUAUCAAAGGUACAGUACUGCUUUGAUACCCAGGUCACUUCCAUCCAAGCAGUCAUUGACUUGUAGAGCUCUGGAAUUGUCAAAUGUGGUCUGGAAAGAGCAUUAAAAUCAAUGUUACGGGUAAACACAGGAGACUUAUUUUCGGUACGCUGAUUGCACCAAGCUGCAUUUCCACAGAUAUGCAAGGUCAGCAAAAAAGUGGGUCUGCACAUUGGAAUUGUAUAAGUUAAGAUAAUUUAUCAUGCUUAAAAUAAAUUGAACAUUGAGCUGUAUAUAUGUGUCAAGACACAGUUGAAAUAGAUUUUGGGGUUUCUUUAUGAAAUAUUUAGUUCCUAAGCUGUAAUAACUGCAGUUUCUCAGAGUUGGUGGGCUGCACUAUCAAACAGCAUGAGGCUCUUUUGAGUGCGAGUUUGGGGAUAAUCUAGUUUAAAUUUUUCAUACUCUGGAUUUGAAGCAACAAAUGCUGAAUUAUAUUUUUCUAAGCUUUUUUGAAUUUAUUAUAAUACUCUGACUUGUAGAAAUCCCUGCCUUGUAAUUGCACUUUUGCACAUGUGCAAAGGUAUCCCACUAUUAAUCUAGCAUCAAAGAAGCUCUUUGAUCCCAUUUCACAGUGAUAAAGAUGAUCCUCUUGUACUGCAGUAAAUUUAGUUUGUCUCCCAAAGCGAACAAUGAUUUGCCCUAUAACACUGCAAACCAUGGUCAUUUUAACCAUCGAUCCAAUAGCCUGGGAAUAUUGCAUUUAGACAUGUAAAUGGAUUAAAUUGGGAAGCCUGCUUCCUAUUUGUAUGAACUAUUUGCUGGCGUUAUCAGGAUAUAGAAGUGUACACAGGAUAUAGAAGGCAACAUAGGGGAGAAUGCUACUUUAACACAACCACCUUUACCCCCUCCCCAUCACUUACGAUUCCAGUUUUUAUCCUGAUUUAUUGAACAGAAUAUUGAUUUCCUGAAAAGUGAACAGAGGUUUGAAUUUCAUUUCCUAAAUUUGCUAUCUACCUCCAUUGAAUUCUAACUCUGUAGUUCUAAACAAAAAAUCAUUCAAUAUUCACUACUCUCUAACAAUUGUAUAGGCACUUCAUCUUGUAUGUUUAGACUAUUUUUAAAUGCAGGAGAGAAAACUAAUAAUUGCUUGUAAACCCUCCUGAGUCUUACUAGUUCAACUUGCUGUAUUAAAGAAUGCCUCUGGAUUGUAAUGAAGCAAGAUGGUAUUUCUGGUGCAGUGACACAAUGCAUCACAUAUUUUGGUGUUGUAUCUUAAAAACCAGGCAAGGCCAGAGUUCACUCCUCAAUCUGUGCUUUUGUUAGCUGUGAAAACAUAGACCUCUACAAUGUAAUGUUUUUGUACAAGCAAAUGGAAAAUGAGCUAGGCUUGCUACUGGUCAUUGAUGUCCUGGCCAAUACUCUCCCCCCUCCCCCCCCCCCCCCCCCCCCCCCCCCCCCCCUCCCUUCCAAUAAUAUCAAAACAGAUAUCUGGUCUUUUAUGGGACUUUACUGUGUUACAUUGUAACAAUGGCAACAAUUCAAAAAAUAAUUUAUUGGCUGUAAAGUACUUCCGACAUCCUGAGUUUGUGAAGGACACUACGUAAAUAUGUUCACUUUCUCCAUUAAGACCUACUCUAGCAAGUGAAGAUGUGAACUUAUAUUGGGGAAAAUGGAAUUGCCCACUGAUAUUUAUUGUAAGCUCACAAAAGCAUGACUAUGGGAGAUGGCCUUUGGCGCCCAUCAAUCCACAUGAAUCACUGCUUGAUGACACGAAGAAAAACAACUUGGAAUUGAUUGAUGUAAAAAGGCUUUUUUAAUUUUUGUUGGAGUUGUUCUAGAAAAUGUUUUCUGCCAUUGAGCACUGCUGAGUAUUGUUUUUGCCAUAUUUGAGUUUGAAUGACUUACCGAAAUAAUAAAAUCAUGUUUGAGUUGUGAAAA